AUGAACGUAUUGAGUGAAAGUUUAUACCUCANUACAAAUGAACGUAUUGAGUGGAAGUUUAUACCUCCGCGCUCUCCACAUUUUGGGGGAUUAUGGGAGUCUGCUGUUAAAAGCAUGAAAGGGCUCAUAAAAAGAAUACUGGGCGAAUCGCAUUUAACGUUCGACGAAAUGUACACCGUGCUCACGCGCGCUGAGGCUUGCCUGAACUCACGUCCUCUCACUCCUUUGUCUUCUUGUCCAACCGACUUAACUGUGCUAACGCCUGGUCAUUUUUUAAUUGGUGAAGCAUUGACUACAUUACCAGAGAGAGACGUAAGCGAUACUCCGUCAAAUCGAUUAGACCGUUGGCGUAGAGUAAAUAAGUUUUCUCAGCAAAUAUGGAAACGCUGGAGUAGUGAAUAUCUUUCACAACUUCAAACUCGCUACAAAUGGGCAAAGGAAAAGGGACCUAAACUGUCAGUGAGUUCCGUCGUCUUAAUAAAAGAAGAAAAUCUCAGCCCACUGUUAUGGCGAUUGGGUCGAGUAUUAAGUGUUAUAUGUGGUAAGGAUGGCGUGAUACGCACAGCAAGGGUAAAAACCACUUUUGGUGAAUACUUACGAGCAGUUCGAAAUUUAAGUCCAUUGCCAAUUGAAGUCGAUUGA